AUGGCAGCCUACAGACACUUGCUACGUAGAGUGGCUCACGUGGGACAAUGGGAAGACCUGGCCAUCAGGAGGAGAACCCGUUUGUUCAGGAGCCGUAGGGAUCCCUUUGAAAUGUACUCGGAAGAGGAGUUCACUCAACGCUUUCGGCUCUCCAAGCAAGUCACCCUGGAUCUCUUAUCAAAAAUCCAGCACCUAUUGCCAGAUUCUACCAGGAAAAGAGGGCUUCCAAUCCCGCCACGUCUUCAGCUGCUGGUAACCCUCCGCUACUAUGCCACUGGGAGCCUCCAGCUUGACAUGGGGGACUGCUGUGACAUGUCGCAGCCCAGUGUAUCUACCUGUGUCAAGACUGUGACCAGUGCAAUCUGCCAGCUAGCAGGGGACUACAUAAAGUUCCCCAGUCCUGCUGAAGAACAGGAUGUCAUGCGACAAUUUGCCGAGGUAGCUGCCAUGCCCGGAGUUAUUGGAUGUGUAGAUGGUGUACACAUCCCAAUCAUCAGUCCAGGUGGAGGAGAUGCAGAACUUUACCGCUGCAGGAAAGGCUUUUUUUCAUUGAAUAUAAUGGGGGUCUGCAACUCAUCCAUGCUCUUCACAAAUCUGGUCGUGAACUGGCAAGGUAGUGCACAUGAUGCCCGCAUCUUCAGUGAGUCUGUUUCGUGUGCUACUCUGGAGGGAGGGCAGUACAGAGGAUACUUGUUGGGGGAUUCGGGCUAUGCCUGUAAAAGCUACCUUUUAACUCCCAUUCGAAUUCCUCGUACUGUUAAGGAAAGGCAUUACAAUGCCUCUCACAUCAAAACAAGGAACCUGAUCGAGAGAACGUUCGGGAUUUGGAAAAAAAGAUUUGCUAUUCUCUCAAAGCCAAUGAGAACAGCACUCUCAACAUCAAAAAAAAUUGUGACUGCAUGUGCCAUCCUGCACAAUAUUGCAAUCCUCAACAAACUCCCCAUUGACAUGCCAGAAGAAGAACUUGAGCCCAUCAACAUAGACAUACUUGCAGAGGAUGAUGUAGGCACUGGAAAUGCUCACAGAGCUUCCAUUGUUGAGAGAUUCUUUUAUAUCUUCUGUGGAUGUCAAAAUGUACACCAUUGAGUGCUGGCAAUGGAACCCAGGCUUCUGGAUAGGAGUCAGGGCAGCAAGCCAACCGAGCCAUCGAUGAUUUAAAAGUUCUCCGUCUAGUCCAAGACCUACACUGCCCAUGGUGCCUCACACAGCCUAACACACCAGAACAUUUCCUGCUCCACUGCCCAAGAUUCCACUCCCUCCACACCAACCUCAAAUUAAGCAUCCCUAACCAGACUCAACAUCCACAGGCCAACUUUACAUAGAAGGCCUGCUGGGCAGCGACACCCUCAGCCCCAACACUGCCUUCCAAGCCCUCAAGUCUAUGCAGACCU